UUUUCUCUCUCUGUGGUAUUGGGUUACUAUACUCAUGAGGACUCAUGUUUGCUGUGCAUUUUUAAUACAAACAAAGGCGCGCAUGUACACAAAGAGAUGCACAGCCUCAUGUCCGACUUGUGAAUGGAACUGCCCCGUGGAAUGGCCGCCCUGAGAUGUUGUACAGAGGAGCAUGGCGAACAGUGUGUGUCUAUGACUUUAGGAAGCAAGAGGCGCAGGUGGUCUGCAGGAUGCUGGGCUUCAACACGUCGCAAGUUUUUGCCGUGUGGACAGAUAUACACGAAUAUGGUUUGCACUUUAUACUCCUUCCAAACCUGAAUUGUACAGGCGAGGAGACCAGCUUAGAACAUUGUAGCCAUGAUCAGUUUUUCACGGACCCCAACUGCCUUUAUGACCUUCGUAUCACCUGCAACACACAACACACACGACUGCGUUUGAGGGAUACUCAGGACAUAGGACCUAACAGAGGUCAUCUACAGAUAGACAUCGGAGAUGGUCGUUGGGAGACAGUGUGUGUGUCGUCUAACAUCACUUCCACUGUCGUCUGUGGACACCUCGGCUUACAAUCAGAAAUACCUGUGGAGAGUUUCUAUGGAUCAGACCGAAUGCUUGGACGACAAAUCAUUUCUAUAUUUUGCAUCGGGAAUGAGACAAGCAUUUUAGAGUGUCAGCAUGAGAUGUCUUAUAAAAGAGACUGCCAGGAUUACAAUCUCAUUUGCAGGAACUCUUCUGUCAACAUUCAUUCAACCGAUAGCAAAUAUCCUUUACUGGAGGAAACCAGUGCUACUUUAAAGUGUGAGAGCAAUAAUCGCUCUGGUGUAAUAAAGUACACGUGGACAGAAAAUGCAGGCGGGUUCCCUGAUGGCAGUAGCCUGAUCAUCACUAGAGUGACCAGGGAACAUCAUGGAUGGCGAGUGAGGUGUGAGGCGAUGUACAGUGAUGGUGAAGUUGUCUCCAGUGACUCACUGCAAUUACAGGUUUACUGUGAGUAUUGUGGUCCACCGGCAAUGAAUGUUGUGAAUAAGGCCACCUACUCAUUGAGAACAUUUAGUCUCCUUAUGCAAAUAAACUUUAUUUUUAGAAUGGGCAAUUAUUUGAGUUUGCGGCCCUUUGCAUCACUGGGGCGACAAGGAUCAAGAGAGAUUACUUGACUUAAGAACAAAAAACCCACAUGUGAUUAACCGACAAAAAAAGCUGUAUGUUUGAGCUGCCACUAUUAGUGAGUCUCACAUCUUUUUUCAGCGUGUGUGAGUGUGCGCGCGCGCGUGCGUGUGUAUUCGAGUGCAAGUGUCAACAGAAACACUUCAGGUUCACCGACUUGUCGAAUUUGAUAGAUGAUAUGUGGGACGAAUCCCGUUCUAUCGGCUUGUUUACAGAUCGCCCGGUUAUCAGGAUAACACGGAGUGACAAUCAGAGUCAGCCACUGUCCACCUACUCUGAG